AUGGAUCAACUUAAUUUCACGGUGGCCAUUCUUAACAUGUCUUUUCCAGGACACCAACCACAUUCCUCCUGGCACUACAGCGGUCUCAUCCCUGCAGUGGUGCUCUCCUUCUGCUUUGUCCUGGGAGUACCUGGAAACCUCGCUGUGAUUCUUCUCAAGUCCAAAUGGAAGAUCUCCAGUCUGAGCAAGAGUUUAAUGCUGAAUCUGGCCGUUUCUGAUCUCCUCGGGUUGCUGAUCCUACCACCAAAGAUAUAUGCUUCGUUAUUUGAUUGGACGUUUGGCUUGGUGGCCUGUAAGAUUCUGAAUUAUCUUCUGUACAUCAGCAUUUAUGGCAGCCAGUUGACUGUGACUUUGUUGGGCAUUCAGCGUUACCUACAAGUGGUCCACCAGGAGAAGUGGCAUCAGGGACGAAAGCGAGUGCGGCUGGUCCUGCUCUGGCUGGUUGCCAUCAUCCUGUCCAUCCCGGUUUUGGUGGUUCGGCAGGUGAUAACAGAGCAGCAGUGGACUGUCUGCCAACCACAGUACUCCUCUGAGGCACAAUGGGUGGUUGUGUUGCUAAUAGAGACGCUGUUUGGAUUGGUUUCUGUGUUGCUUGUGGCGAUUUCAUACAUUCGUCUUAACAGGAAAAUUAAACAUGCCGUGUUUUUCAACAAUCCCAAAACAACUCGGCUGAUUACCAGCAUCAUUGUGAGUAAUUUUGUUCUCUGGGCUCCAUUCAUUACCAUAAAUGUACUCGGUGUGGUAGCCAUCUGUGCUAAAAACAAAGGCUUGUUAAAUUUUUGCUCAAACACAUGGGUCCUUGUCAAAGCUCUUACAGUUGUAAUUAGGUGCUUAAAUCCUCUCUUGUAUGCAUAUAACUCGAGAAAAAGUAUGACAUCUUAGAAUGCCAAAAACAAUGUGUUCUUUAGUUUUGUUUUUCAUAUGAAAGG